UCUCACUUUCUCAUCAUUUCUUCUUUCUUCUUUCUACUUUACUCUUUUUCCUAGCUCCAUUGAAAUGACUUCCAUCUUUUUCUUCUAACAGAUUCUGCUCUACUCAUUUUUCAUUAACCAUGUCUUUCUCAAUUCAACCAGCUGUUGAAAAAGACUUGGAAAUUGGUAUUAUCACCCCCACGUCCAACCAAACACCAAUGGAGCCAUCUCCUUCUCCAUCCCCCUCUCCAUCCCCAACCUCUACAUCUGCACCUGCUUUGGUUCUCUCGAAUUCUGGUAAACGCAUUGAUCAAGCAGGCAAGAAAAAGUAUGUGAAGCAGGUAACCGGUCGCCACAAUGACACUGAGCUGCACCUGGCUGCUCAACGUGGUGAUUUGGAAGCUGUAAAACAGAUUCUGGGUGGGCACAUAAAUUCACAGAUGGGGGACAGUCUAAGUGGUCCUGAGCUUGAACUAGAGGCUGCUGAGGUAAGGGCCCUGGUGGUGAACGAGGUUAAUGAGUUGGGAGAGACUGCACUUUUUACAGCAGCUGAGAAGGGACAUAUUGAUGUGGUAAAAGAACUGCUCAAGUAUGCUAAUAAGGAUACCCUUACUCAAAAGAACCACUCCGGGUUUGAUCCUUUGCAUGUUGCUGCUAAUCAGGGACACCUUGAAAUUGUCCAAGUACUUUUAGACCAUGAUCCAGGGCUAAUAAAUACGAUUGGACAAUCAAAUGCAACUCCUCUAAUAUCUGCAGCAACAAGAGGGCAUACUGCUAUAGUUAAUGAACUACUUUCAAGAGAUAGUAGCUUGGUAGAUUCAUGCAAAUCCAAUGGAAAAAAUUCACUGCAUUUUGCUGUUCGUCAAGGUCAUGCGGACAUUGUUAGGGCAUUACUUGAGAAGGAUUCAACGUUGGGUAGGAAGACUGACAAAAAAGGCCAAACUGCAUUGCAUAUGGCAGUGAAAGGGAAUAACUGUGAAGUUGUGAAAGCGCUUCUUCAUGCAGAUGCAACCAUUGUCAUGCGCACAGACAAGUUUGGUAACACCGCUUUGCAUGUGGCUACUAGGAAGAAGCGUGCAGAGAUAGUGAAUGAAUUGUUACAGCUUCAAGACAUCAAUGUGAAUGCUCUAAAUAGCCAGCACAAAACUCCUUUAGACAUAGCUGAAGACCUUCCCCAUUCUGAAGAAUCUACUGAAAUUAAAGCGACCCUUAUUCACUAUAAUGCUCUCAGGGCUAAUGAACUGAAUCAACCAAGGGACGAGUUAAGAAAAACUGUGAGUCAGAUUAAGAAAGAUGUUCACAUGCAGCUUGUGCAAACCAAAAAAACAAAUGAAAAUGUCAGCGGAAUUGCCAAGGAGCUGCGGAAACUCCAUAGGGAAGGAAUUAACAACGCCACCAACUCAGUAACUGUAGUUGCUGUGCUUUUUGCAACAGUUGCUUUUGCAGCAAUAUUUACCGUUCCUGGUGGCGACAACGAUGAUGGGGUGGCUGUAGCUGCUAAGACUGCUUCUUUCAAGAUAUUCUUCAUCUUUAAUGCGAUUGCUCUGUUUACUUCUUUAGCGGUUGUGGUAGUUCAGAUCACACUUGUACGAGGUGAGACCAAAGCUGAGAGACGGGUUGUGGAAAUUAUCAAUAAGCUGAUGUGGUUGGCAUCAAUUUGCACCUCGGUUGCAUUUAUGGCAUCUUCUUACAUAGUUGUUGGACGAAACCAUGAGUGGGCUGCAACACUCAUUACAGUUAUAGGGGGUAUUAUAAUGGUAGGAGUCCUCGGCACAAUGACCUAUUAUGUGGUAAAAUCAAAGCGAUCACGUUCCAUAAGAAAAAGGGAUAGAAGUGCAAAGAGAAGCGGGUCUAAUUCAUUUUAUCAUUCAGAGUUCUCUAAUUCAGAACCCGAUAAAUUUUAUGCCCUCUAAUAUAUCCUCCCUCAUACUGUAAAUGAGGAAGUCUGAUAAGAUAACUCGAGUCGAAUGAAUAAUGUUUUUAUCAGCCUCCAUAUAUCAGUCAAACUACUGGACUGUAUAGCAAUGAAACAUAGUGCAUGGUUGUGCUGCUUACUGAUGGAUGGCUGCGUUUGGCGCGGGUUAGAAGUGUGUAUGUGCUUACAUCUUACAAGAGUCGUUUUCCAGGAGAUCAGCUCAUCUUGGUUCUUGAGAAUGGUAAUAUUUUCUGCUGAUUAAUACAAAGACUAAGUUUGUAAUUUUUUCCAAGAUCAUCAAAUUGAAUGUCUGUUGACAUAGUAAGAAUACGUCCAUAACCGUUGUAGUAGCAACUAUGUAAAGUGAUUAUGGUCUUAUGGAUGUACUUCAAAUAGUAUAUAUUAAUGGUUCCACCCUGCCAAUAUAGAUUCCCUGUAUUUUUUUUGGGUGUGCUUGUGCUAGUUUUUUUUAGAAUAAUGAGUUUACUAUGCAUGUUCAAGAUUUAUGGGUGGUUUGGUACAAAUAUAGUAUAUGUAAGGUCUAUUUGGUUGUUGGUAUUAAUUGAUGGUAAUAAGAAUGAUUUGUAGAGUAAAUAUUUAUGAAAUGUACCAUGUUGUUCCUAUGGUAAUGAAAUUUUUUUGUUUA